ACUAACAUACAUUCAUUCAACAUACUAACAUACGUUCAUUCAAACUUUCAUACAAAGAGAAAGAGAGAGAGAGAAAUGAGAGAAAUGAGGGAGAGAGAGAGAGAGAGAGAGAGAGAGAGAGAGAGAGAGAGAGAGACUUUAACAAUAGGGGAAAGGCUUUUUGUCCCAUAUUUCGAGUUGACUCAACUCUGAACACCAGGGGACUCAGGAUUGAUCCCUGGGGUUCUCCUCCUGGGCCGUGUAGGAAGUGCUGGGAUUCCUCUGGUGCUUUCUCUUCUGUAAUGGGAUUUGAAGCAUUCCAGUGAACCAAAUGACAACAUGAAAGAUCCUAAGGAUUUGUAACUUAAGUCUAUAUCCAAGUACCCAAUUAAAAACUGCAUCCGUGUCUUUGUGCAGCAGCCCAGGCCAGUUAAGUCAGAGGGCACCCAGGUCCUGGUCCUGGGUCUCGAUGGAGCCGGCAAGUCCAGCCUGCUGUACUGCUUGGCCAUCGGCAGCCUGGAUGUGGACUUGGAGCCCACACAGGGCUUCAACGCUGUGUGCAUCAACAGGGAAGACCUGCAGGUGGACUUCCUGGAGAUUGGUGGGAAGGCGGAGCUAAGACCUCACUGGCACAGGUACAUGUCCAAGGCUCUGCUGAUGGUUUUUGUGGUGGACUCGUCCGCCCCGCACCUCUUCGCCGUUGCCAAGACGCUGCUACAUGACCUCCUUACCUCGGACCCCGGCCUGCCGCUGAUGGUGCUGGCCAACAAACAGGACCUUCCGGACGCUUGCGGCAUCACCGACCUUCACGAGGCCUUGGAGCUUUCCCGCGUGGGAGACCGCAAGCUGUUCCUCAUUGGCACAUGCGUGAAGAAAGGGGAGGCGGAGCUUAGCUCCGGCGUUCGGGACGCUCGAGAGCUCAUCAUCCAGUUGGCCGGCUGCAAAUAAAAGUCACAAAUCAUUUCGAGUUUGAUUUUCUCAACACAACUGGAGUUUGUUAUCCAUUCAAAUCUUCAUUGGACCUUUUUCACAACUUUGACAAACACAUCAAAGAUGUCAUAUAAACAUGAAUGAUGUCAUAUGAAUACAAGUUUUUAUUUUUCUACCAAAACCUUUCAACACAAGCACAUAUUUUUUACUUUCCUAAAAGUCUUUAAACUACAUGAUUUCAUAUUGUUCCCUAAUACUCAUUCCAACCGCUAGGAGGCGCCAAAGUCAAAGGCAACAGCAGGGAAGAAAGCACACCAAACUUUUGGAAUGUAUUUUUACACCACUUUGCAAUAUUUCUCGACAAAUAAAGGGCGAUAUAUUUUUACAACGGCUUUGUUUUAGUCGUAUCACAUGUUUUCUUAGACGUAUUCAAAUAGUUGUCUUCAUGUAUACUUUUUCUUUGUGUGGAGUGUGUACUAUUGCUGCAAAUGUUAACACUUUGAUAUUUUGGAAAUGUUGAAUAAAAAUGUUAGCAAAAUCA